GUCUCUCCUCUCCGUCGAGUUCGCCUUUCGCUCCCUCAAUCCCAACUGAAUCAGAGUCAAGAAAAGAGGAAAGGAAAAUAUACCCAUUUCCUUUUCUGUCACUACAAUUCCAUGAAUCAUCUCUGGUUCACGACUUGCCCAUCAGUUUGGAGAGAAAAAGACUUGUUUCUUUCUUUGUGGGUUUUGGGUGAUUGAUUCUAUUGAUGGUACUUACUUAGCUUCUCUGUUUACCUUGAAGCGAGUAUGGUGGCAUUUGGGAAGAAGCUGAAACAAGCUCAAGUUCAGGAAUGGCAGGGGUAUUACAUAAACUACAAGCUGCUGAAGAAGCGAGUGAAGAGAUACAGUCAAGCCCAACAAUCUGGAACCCAGGACCCUCAACCUCAAUCCGUUGUUCUCAAGGACUUCUCCAGAUUGCUCGACUCCCAGAUUGAGAAAAUUGUACUCUUCAUUCUCGAACAACAAGGUGAAUUGGCAGCCAAGCUAGCCAGUCUUGGAGACCAUCAACACCACUGCCUCACACAACAACAGCAGCAGCAACUCUCUUCAUCAUCAAAUUGGCUAGACGUCUCUGAGCUCAAGGAAUCAUACAGAGCAGUCGGAGAGGAGCUCUUGAGGCUCCUCUGUUUCGUUGAGAUGAACGCUAUUGGUUUGCGCAAGAUCCUCAAGAAAUUCGACAAACGAUUCGGGUCCAGCUUCACUGAUUACUACGUCAAGACUCGCUCCAACCAUCCUUAUUCCCAGCUUCAAUCAGUUUUCAAACAAGUGGGAAUUGGGGCCGUUGUUGGAACCAUAUCUCGUAAUCUAACAGAUCUUCAAGACCACGAAGAGAGCUACACAUCGAUAUACGAUCAGCCAGCGCUGUCACAUCCGGACCCAGUUAUUGAUUCCAUCAAAGCAGCUGUGAGCAGGUUAUCAAACUCCACAAGCUUUCUGGAGUUCUUAGGGAAGCAUGCAUUCAUUGUCCAGGACCAGGACGACCUGGGAGCGGCUCCAAGUGAUGUAAAUGGAGACCUAUUUGUUGAGGAAAGAUAUCACUUCAUGUCGCUUCUACUCAACUUGGUCAAUACAUUUCUGUACAUGGUCAACACAUACAUCAUUGUCCCAACGGCGGAUGGAUACUCCCUCACCUUGGGAGCUGCAGCAACUGUUUGUGGUGUGAUCAUUGGUUCGAUGGCGAUCGCACAGAUAUUCUCAUCAGUCUACUUCAGUGCAUGGUCGAAUCGAUCAUAUUUCAGACCGCUUUUAUUCAGUAGCAUUGUGCUUCUUGUUGGGAACACCUUGUAUGCACUGGCUUAUGAUCUGAAUUCCUUAUCUGUCCUUCUGCUUGGUCGACUGUUUUGCGGGUUAGGUUCAGCAAGAGCGGUUAACAGGCGCUACAUCAGCGAUUGUGUGCCUCUCAAGUUCAGGAUGCAAGCUUCAGCAGGUUUUGUGAGUGCCAGUGCUCUUGGAAUGGCUUGUGGCCCAGCUAUGGCUUGCUUAUUUCAGACUAAUUUCAAAUUCUGUAAUCUUCUAACUUUCAACGAAGCAACUUUGCCUGGCUGGGUCAUGGCCUUUUUAUGGCUUCUCUACCUGUCAUGGCUCUGGUUUUCAUUUAGAGAGCCUCCUCCGUACACCAAAUUGCUUGUGGUUCCGAAAAUAAAUGCUGUGAGUACGAUGAUAGGACCAUUGGUGAAUGAUGCUAUAGAGCAUGGUUCGACGAAGCCAUUACUGUUGGCAUCAGAAGCCAAUUACGAGGAUGAAGAAGGAGAUCAUGAAGAGGUGGAGGAUGAUGGUGAAGAAGAUUCAGAAGGGAGUAGGAGUGUUGAACCUGUCACCUCAAUUGCAUCAGCAUAUCAAUUGCUUACCCCAUCUGUGAAGGUCCAACUGUUUAUUUACUUCAUGCUGAAAUAUGCAAUGGAGAUUUUGCUAGCAGAAUCAAGCCUGGUCACUGGAUACUACUUCAUUUGGUCCACUCGAAACGUCGCUAUAUUCCUAGCUUGUCUUGGACUAACAGUCAUACCUGUAAAUGUUGUUGUUGGGAAGUACAUAAACAACAUCUUUGAAGAGAGGCAAGUCCUACUGGCAUCUGAGAUCAUGGUCUGCAUAGGCAUACUCUUGAGCUUCAACAUCCUCGUCCCUUACUCCGCUUCUCAGUACGUUGGUUCAGCACUCAUCACAUUUGUAUUUGCAGAAGUCCUAGAAGGUGUUAACUUGUCGCUCUUGUCAAGGGUAAUGUCGUCGAGGCUUUCAAAAGGGACCUUCAACGGUGGAUUGCUUUCGACGGAAGCAGGAACCAUUGCCCGUGUGAUUGCAGAUGGAACCAUAACAUUGUCUGGUUACCUUGGGGAGCAGAUGCUACUCAACAUUACCCUUGUUCCUUCGUUGUGCAUUUGUGUUUCUGCCAUUGUUGCCACCUGCUUCACUUACAAUUCUCUCUACUAACUUCCUUAUAGGCUGUAGCUUUGCUCCCUCUGUAACGGUGAUGUGGUUUCUAGUAUGAGUUGAAUAAGGAAAGGCCAACCCAAGUUAGAGGUCGGUCUCUUUUGUACAACCAAUAGUACAUCGUAUAUACAGACUGAGGUGGGCUUGGCCUGUGAAAAUUGGGUGAUAAAGCCACAAGGGAAAG